AUGAGUGACGAUCAGCCCACCGUCACUGUCCCUGUCGACACAGAUCUAGAUUCGACUUAUGAUGAGACCGACGCACAGAGUUAUGCGACAUCAUUAUCAUCCAGCGUUGAGAAGUACAAGUGGGAGAAUGGGCGGCGUUAUCACAGUUAUCGUGAAGGAGCGUACAACUUCCCCAACGACGAGAAAGAGCAGGAUAGGCUGGACAUGAGCCAUCACAUGUGUCUACUGCUUUUAGACGACAAGUUGCACCUCACCGAGCUUUCAAAUGAUAGAGCAAUCCGAAUACUUGACAUUGGGACCGGGACUGGUAUAUGGGCGAUGGACAUGGGCGACAGAUUCCCGAACGCGACAGUGAUUGGGAAUGAGUUGAGUCCAAUACAGCCAAAAUGGGUACCGCCAAAUGUGCAGUUUGAGAUCGAUGAUGUUGAGAGCCCAUGGCCACCUCGGGAGCCGUUCGACUUUAUUCACGGCCGCUAUAUGCUAGGAAGCAUACAAGACUGGCCGAAACUCUUGCGCCAGUCCUACGAGAACCUUGCUCCGGGUGGCUGGAUAGAACUGCAAGACUUCAACACGUUGGCAUACAGUGAAGAUGGGAGCGCAAAGGAUGACAACAAGGUGAUUGAGUUUUGCCGUGUGUUCAAUGCAGCCUGCGACAAGAUUGGGCGCCACGGGUCACCGGGCCAACAUCUCAAAGGGUGGGUCGAAGAAGCUGGCUUCACCAACGUACGGCACGACGUACGCAAAGUCCCAAUCGGUACUUGGGCAAGAGACAAGAAGUUGAAACAAGUUGGCGGUAUAUUCCGUAUGAACUUAGAGGAGCUCCUAGAGGCCGCACUGCUGGGAUUGCUUGUUCGGGUUGAGAACUGGAAACCGGAGGAGGUCCACGUUUUCAUUGCGCAAAUCAGAGAGGCGUUGAGGGAUAGAUCGGUGCAUCUAAUGGAAGAAUUUCACACCGUAUGGGCCCAAAAGCCUGACAACUAG